CCUCUGCACGUAACUUUAACUGCAGCUCAGUCAGCUAACGUGAUUGACAGCAGUGGACAGGAGCGGAGACGAUGGCGUUACUCCCGGACUUUUCCAUCGAGACGUGGACUUUAAUCGUGUUUCUCGUUGGCCUCAUCUUAGCAUAUGGAUAUGCUCCGUAUGGCCAUUUCAAGAAUCUAGGCAUCCAAGGACCCAAGCCUCUGCCCUUCAUUGGGACAUUUCUGGGCUACACCAAGGGCGUCCAAUACUAUGAUAUGGAGAACUUUCAGAAGUACGGCAGGAUGUGGGGGCUGUAUGACGGUCGAAUGCCUCUCCUGGCUGUGAUGGACACCAGUAUGAUCAAAACCAUCCUGGUGAAGGAGUGUUAUUCUGUCUUCACCAACAGACGGGAUUUGGGCCUGAAUGGACCUUUACGUGACGCUGUGUCAAUCACAGAGGACGAGAAAUGGAAGAGGAUUCGCAGUGUGCUCUCUCCGUCAUUCACCAGUGGCCGACUGAAAGAGAUGUACACAAUCAUGUUGAAGCACUCGGAUAACAUGAUGAGGAGUCUUCACAAGACAGUGGACAGUGAUGAUGUCAUAGAGGUGAAAGAAGUAUUUGGACCUUAUAGUAUGGAUGUUGUGACCAGCACUGCUUUCAGCGUGGACAUCGAUUCCAUCGAUCAUCCGAAUGAUCCUUUUGUGACAAACAUUAAGAAAAUGGUCAAAUUCCAAUUUCUGAAUCCUUUGUUAUUGCUUAUCAUUCUGUUUCCAUUCUUGAGCCCACUUCUUGAGAAGAUGGAUGUGUCAUUUUUCCCCGCUGAGACACUUAAAUUCUUCUACAGCUUUCUGAAAAUAGUCAAAUCAGAUCGGAAAAAGGACGACCACAAGAAUCGAGUGGACUUCAUGCAGUUGAUGGUUGACUCUCAAAAUGCAGAAGACAACGCAAACGACCAAAGUUCCCAAAAAGGGCUGACUGAUGAUGAAAUCCUUGCUCAGGCCAUGAUAUUCAUCUUUGCUGGUUUCGAAACCACCAGCAGCACACUCAGCUUUUUAUCCUAUUGCCUGGCAACCAACCCUGACACCCAGAGGACCUUGCAAGAGGAGAUUGACGAAACCUUCCCAAAUAAGGCGCAGCCAACCUACGAAAGCCUGAUGCAGAUGGAGUACCUGGACAUGGCUGUGAAUGAGUCAAUGAGGCUUUACCCUAUUGCUGGUCGCUUGGAGAGAAUGACAAAGACAUCUGUUGAAGUGAACGGCGUGACCAUACCUAAGGGAACCAUCAUCAUGGUACCAAUUUACGUUCUCCACCGUGACCCUGCCUUGUGGCCCGAGCCUGAGGUCUUCAAGCCUGAAAGGUUUAGCAAAGAGAACAAAGACAACAUUGAUCCUUACGCCUUCCUCCCCUUUGGAUCCGGCCCGAGGAACUGUAUUGGCUUGCGAUUUGCUAUGCUGAUGAUGAAGCUCGCUGUUGUGAAGGUCCUUCAGGACUUUAGCUUUGAGACCUGCAGGGAGACACAGAUUCCAAUGGAGCUUGGAACCGACGGGUUUACUUCACCCAAGGUCCCCAUUAAACUGAAGCUGGUGCCCAGAGGAUAAACGCUGUCCAUUCUCCUCCAGUUUGUUCUCUGUAACCUGAACAAUAUGAUUCUGGUUCAAUUGAUUUUAAUCUUAAACUCGAAUUAUGCAAUGCAAUGAUGUAAUCACUUUUUUUGCCCCCCAAAGCAAAAGAAUGGUCUAACUCAUUCGUCUGUGAAGUUGAAGAAAACGAGAGUAAAUGAGACAUUACGCUGACAAUACUGAUCAAUAAGUAGGUUACCUAGUCCAGCUUUUACGUGCCAGUUUAUGCUGCUUUGAGGUUCUCUUACAAAAUAAAGUAGUCUCUACUAAGUGCAUUAACAAACAGCUCAUUUAAUCAAAAUGCAGUCCCUUAGCUCGAUGCUGAUUGAGUCAUGCUUCAGUGCUGAAAUCUACAUACAUGUACCAAACUAACACUAAACUAACUUUGUGUCGUUCUGAUUUACUGACUUGACUGUUUUGUUUUACUGUAUCAGACAACAGAAUGUACUAUGAUGCUAUGUUGUGAGAGCUCCACGACUCUGCCCAUUACCCGUGUACUGCACUAUUACAACGCACUAUAUUUUCUCA